GCAUCUGUGGCAGCUCGUCACAUCUCUGUUACACUGCUUGGAGUAACGCUCAGUCGGCUAAUGAGACUCCAGAGGAUGAUAUAAGGGUUUGCAGACUUCAACAGGUGGCGGGUUUAGGGUUCGAGUCUCGGGAAGCAUGAGCGCGGAUUGUUCGGGAUAUUACAACGCGGAGAACGUGUUUGUCAGCGGCUUCACGUGCCCCAAACACGACAGCGACUCGCUCGCGAUCUUCUGCUGCGGGUUCAAUGACGUCAAAUACUGCUGCGACGACCCCAACAGCUUUUUCCCUUAUGAGUAUGGAUAUAUGUGGUGGCUCAGUUUGGGAGCCCUGGUUGGUUUAUCUAUAGCUGCUGUUGUGCUGUUAGCAUUCAUCAUUACUAUUUGUGUGCUUUGCUACCUGUUCAUUGCCACUAAACCUCGAGGGCUGGACAACGGGCUGCCUUUACGAGCACCAGGAUCUGGGCCCAGUCCUCAGGAGGGUCCGAGUCAACCGAGUGCCCCUUCAGGACCACAGGGUUUCCGCAAGCAUUUCCAAAGGGCAAAACUAGACUGUGACAACCAGCCCCCCGACCCGGACCGCCUGUUCCAGCGCUGCUUCAUGGCCACGGUCACCACCAUCAACGUCGAAGGACCUUCAUAAAGCCCUGGAGCCACAAACACGACAUGAACAACAUCACCCAGGAGUCUUUUCAUCGGCUCUAUCCAACCAACAUGUGACUGAUGUAACAAUUUGAACCAUAGAAAGAGUGUGGAAUUGAAAUCUCCCCCGUUUUGGCCUCAACAAACUCUCAGUUUUUGGAGACUGAAAUCAAUGACGGAUUGCCUCAAUGUUACAAAUCCUGUUUGUUUGCAUUUUUGAUGCAAGAAACAUUCAAGCGUUUACAUUCAUCAAGACUUCUGUAGGCUGAACCAAAGACAGAACUGAACUCUGGGUCAUAGCAUUAAAUCAUGUUGGGUAUUAAAUAUUAUCUGACCUAAAAUAAACAUGGCAUGAAAGUAUAAGUAUAUACUUUUUUUGUAGCUUUUAGUUUUUAAAUCAACAGCUACAAAAAAGAACUAGGUCCAAAUGAACUAACUAUAUUACUAUGUGAUGUUCACAUUUUUAUUUGUUGUUUAAUUAAUUUGUUUUUGUUUCAUUUUUACACAUCAGAAUUUGUCACUUUAAAACUGUAUUUUCAUAACAGGGUUGCAGAAUAUGCAGACAAAGUUGACAACUACAUUUUCUUAAGGUUAAGCACCACUUUUUGUCAAAAAGAUCAGUAAUUGACUUUUUUUUAUAUUGUUUUUAUUUUAUAUUUGCAAGCUUUAUUUUUAACUCUGUGUUAAUGCAAAGUGCCAGAACCAAAUUUUGCACCAAUCAUUAUUGUCUCAGUAAUAUAUUUUUUUUAAAAGUUGGUAUUUAUUUUCUACAAACUAUUACUGUGGUCGUCCUUUUAAAAGCCACCAAUAUUUAUUUUUAAAUUUCUAAUAUUAUCAUUUAGGGGUAAGGUGCAAAAUUUUACCUUUUUGAGUGCUCUCAUAAAAAAAAGGUACAAAAGCUGUUUUUGAGGCAGUACCCUUUCAAAAAGUAGACAUAAAAAACACUGGGUUACAAAAAACAUAAUUUGGGAUAUUAAAUAGUAAAUAGGACAGAACACAUGUAAACUUUUAUAUUUUAAAUUUAGCAUUAUGGAUUGAUUCACCUGUAAUAAUGAUUUUAGAUCAAAUAAACUGUACACAAAGCUGUAUUUUACCAAAGAAAUGCAUCAGUUUGAUGGCACAAAAACUACCCAAAACACUGAAAAAAUGAACCGAAAAAUGCUCAACCCAGCAUUUGAGUUGCAACAAUAACCAAGGAUUUUAACCUCUGAAGGGUGCAUGUAAGUACCAUAAAGGUACAUAAUAGUGUAGUGUAUUAUUACAUUCAUGGUACACAUUUGUACCUUUCAAAAAGAUGCGUCCCCAGUGAGAGAUUUUGUACCUUU